AUGAACAUUCCCGCUGACGUGACAAUUGUUCAGUCCCAUACUGUCGACAUCCUCCCAGAGCUCAAGACGUCCCUCCGCAAGUUCAGAUUCGCUCGUCGCAAUGCCGGGAGCGCAGCCAUGAUCGUCAAGAUUAACAAACAAAAGCUCAUUAUGGAGGAGGUCGAGCAGUUCGACAAUAUCAGUAUCGAGGAUCUAGUCGAAGAGUUGCCCGAGAAUGCUCCUCGUUAUGUUCUCCUCUCGCAUGAACUCAACCAUCCUGAUGGACGAAAGUCUUUUCCACUUGUGCUGAUCAAUUGGGCCCCCACAUCGAGUGAAAUGGGGUUGUUGACGCUACACGCUAGCGCGUUCAUUGACUUCCAGAAUACGGCCGACGUCAGCAAAGUGAUCGAAGUUCGCGAGGGAGCGGAAGGCUUCACCGAGGACUUCAUUAACACCAAAUUACUGCAGGGCUGA